AUGACCGGAAAGCGACCUCACGAGACGAACGGCGAAGGCGGCGAUCAGAAACGAGUUCGCGCCGAAGAUGGGUCUCCGCGUGCCGCGCCGCCGAGUGAUAUGGCCGCAAGAAUGGCCGCUAUCAAAGCAAGACUUGCUGCGAACAAACCCAAGGAGGCAGCGAAUCCGACUUCACGACCACCGCAAUCCGCCGCAUCUCCUUCACCAGCGCCUGCAAAAGCAUCGCCAACAGUAUCCGACGUACCCUCGAGUCCCGCGCAAAGUGGCGAUGUCGCAGAGGCGAGAGCGGCGGCGCAAAAGAGAAUCGCGGAGAUCAGAGCCCGCAUGGCCGCAAAAGGCGGAAGCUCACAAGCGCCAACGAAUGGAGCAAAUGCAGGCACGGGAUCGACCGCGUCUCCUCCGCCGCGGCCGGAUCCUAUAGCAGACGCCAGGGCGAGAGCGGCCGAGAUUGCAAAGCAACAUCAGAAGCGGGCACAGGGUGCUGCGCCGCCGUCGGCUCCAGCUCCGCCGCCGCGAGUAGAUGGCAAAGGUGCAAGAGGAGGACUGGGUAUUGGAUUGCACCCGUCGCUGUUGGGCGACUCAGGAGGAGAGAAGGCCAAAGCGGGACAUCUGGGACCAAAAUUCACCACGACCAAAGGCAAUCAACAGCCGGAGAAGCCCAAGGUCAAUCCGUACCUCGCUGCGGUUGAUGAGCUACCAACCGACGAAGAUCCUACGUUUGCACCUGCCGUCCGACGAAAUGUGGAGAGGAAGAGCAAACAGCUGGUGUUCAGCCAAAAGGGAAAGUACAUGGCGCAGGCGAACGCGUUGCGGCAGCAGGCGAAGUUGGAAGAGAUGAAACGGAGGAUUGCUGCGGAGAAUAGGAAGACCGAGAUCGAGGAAGCAUCGGAUAAAGCAUUCCUGGUUCCGCCGCCGCCUGACGUGGAAUGGUGGGAUGAGGGUCUGCUUCCAGGGGGGCAGGACAGUUACGAUGACUGGGAGAAGGAGAAUCGCAACAGGAUUGAGACGGAGGACAGCAUCAUCACUGCUCUUAUUCAACGGCCUGUGCUCUUGCAAGCACCUCAGGACAAAUUCAUUUCCGGACCCAAGCCGCUCAUGCUUACCCAGAAGGAACAGAAGAAGAUACGACGGCAGCGCCGUAUGGCAGAUAUGAAAGAAGAGCAAGCCAAGAUUCGACUGGGUCUUGUGGAGCCUCCACCACCAAAGGUCAAGAAGUCCAACAUGAUGCGUGUGUUAGGAGAACAGGCCGUCAAGGAUCCGACCGCAGUUGAAGCACGAGUCAAUCGAGAAAUUGCCCAGCGUGCACAUGAUCACGAACAGGCCAACCUGGAUCGGAUGUUGACGCCCGAGCAGCGUGCCGAAAAGCUCAAGCGACAACAAGCGGGCGACGAAGCCAAGGGUGUCAAGAUGGUGGUGUUCCGCGUUGAUGACCUCAGUUGUGGCAAACAUCGUUACCAAGUGGACGUGAACGCCAAACAGAAUGCUAUUACCGGCAUUGUCAUUCUGAAUCCCAACAUGAAUCUCAUCAUCGUCGAGGGCGGGUCGCACAGCAUCAAGGCAUACAAAAAGCUUAUGCUCAACCGAGUCAAAUGGACCGAGAACUUUGCACCCGUCGGCGAAGUCAAUCCUACCACCUUCACUGGCACCACUGAUGGCAGCAAUGCGAAUGUCACGGCUGGAACGAGAGGCUCGGGCAGCAAAGCGGCGGAGUGGUGCAAUCCGUUGGACGAAGAUGGGGAGUUGAAGGAUCUAAGUGGGAAUCGGUGUGUACUUGUUUGGGAAGGCGAGGAGUCGGAGAGAACAUUCAAACGGUGGGGUAGUCGGGCUUGUGAGACGGACGGGGAGGCGAAGGACGUCCUAUCCCGGACGAAGAUGGAGAAUAUGUGGACGCUGGCGAGAAGUAAGUGA